AAAUACGUCACGAGUGCAAAGUUGAAAGUCAAACAAACACACUGCAGCAAAGCGGCAUGGCGGUCCUUGCUGGUUGCAGAAUCUUUUCUCAGGCUUUUCGGUCUCAAGCGAACAGUCUUGACGGAGUUGGCAGAUUGCAGGACGCAGUAAAUCAUGCACUCGCUAACAAAAUACAAUAUGUCCGUUCGGCAGCGCAUGGAGGAACCCGUCAAUACAGCUCAGACUCGAAGUCGGGAGAUGACCUAAUCGUUAGAUAUUUGGACGAUGAGGAUUCAGGAAUUGUAGUCUUCGGCCUCAAUCGACCAAAAGCGAAAAACGCCAUUAGCAAAAAUCUUGUGAACAUGAUGGCUGAUGCUGUGGAAUCUGUGAAGAAGAACAACAAAGUACGCUCUGUGAUCGUGUGCAGCAUGGUGCCUGGAAUAUUCUGUGCAGGGGCAGACCUGAAAGAGAGGGCAAAGAUGCACCAAAGUGAAGUGGGACCAUUUGUUUCCAAAGCUCGGGCCCUGAUCAGUGAGCUUGGUAAUCUUCCCAUGCCCACGAUCGCUGCCAUCGACGGAGCAGCUUUGGGCGGCGGGCUUGAGAUGGCUUUGGCCUGUGACAUCAGAGUAGCCGCUCACUCUGCAAAAAUGGGACUGACUGAAACAAAGUUAGGCAUCAUCCCUGGUGCAGGGGGCACCCAGAGACUCCCGCGGGCGAUCGGCGUGGCCCUGGCCAAGGAGCUGAUCUUCGCGGCGCGGGCUGUGGACGGCGCUGAGGCCCGCUCGCUGGGGCUGGUCAGCCACGCCGUGGAGCAGAACAAGAGUGGCGACGCGGCCUACCUCCGGGCGCUGGACCUGGCCCGCGAGUUCAACCCGCAGGGACCUAUUGCGAUCAGGAUGGCAAAGCUGGCGAUCAACCAGGGCAUGGAGGUGGACCUGAAGACAGGCCUGGCUAUUGAAGAGGCAUGUUAUUCCCAGGUUAUUCCGACGAAAGACCGACUGGAGGGCCUGGCCGCCUUCAAGGAGAAGAGGCCCCCGCGCUUCAAGGGAGAGUAAGCGGACCAAUCAGAGGCCGUCAUCGAGCCCCUGCCUCUCCAGCGAGCGUUUCUCCAUCACCGCUAUUGUCACCACGGCAGCGUUUGCUGGUACCCACAGCUAGAGAUGAUGGAGCUGCCGGACCGCCGUGUCCUCCCCACAGAGGCGGAGAGAGAAGGUGGGGGGGGGGGGGCAUUGCUGAGGGGUGGGGGGUGGGGGUUAAUCAGCCUGAACAAGGCAAAAGCAAUCAUCACUACUAACAUUUAGCUAGAGGUAAAAAUUCUUUCCGAAAAUGUCGAGGCACUCCUUUCAAAACCACUCAUAUCUCUUGUCACGCAUUGGGUUUUGGCCUUAACAUUGUGUAAGAGAUGGGUGUCUCAUUUUUGAAAUAACAUAUUAUAUUUAAUAUAAUUAUACUACUUCUAAUUCUUGUGAGGUAAAUGAAAUACAAAGCUACUAGAUCCAUGAUCAUAAGGUAUGUGAUGGUUGCCUCUGUAGAUUGGAGGUACUUCUGAGACUCUCGUGUGGGUCAUGCUGUUAGCGUAGGCAUGACUGUGAGAGAGGUUGGGAGGGGUUUUGCAUGGGUUCAUAUCUUUUCAAUUCCAGUUUCCUACCUUCAUGAGUUGCCUUUCACUGCCUGUCCCCUGCUCACACCUUACAGGGGUCAUUUGUGUUCAUGUUUGCAUUCAAAUACG